GCAACAGGACUUCCUAGUAAAGUAUCACACUUAGCCGGAUAUUUCUUUAAAAUGCAUUACAAUUUAGAAACAACUUUUGUUCGGACUUAAUCUCAAUGAAAGACCAGUUUUUGAAAUUGACAGAUCAACAUGGCAUUUUUAGAGACAGUUCGUUGUUGGAACGAAGGCGUUGUUGCUUUCCAAGAGGACCGAUACCAGGAUUCCCUACUUAGUUUUAACAACAUACUUGAACCCAGUGCACGUAUUCAGUUCAAUAUAGCUUGUGUAUUGAAAGGACUUGGCAGAGAGAAUGAUUGUAUAGUGCAUCUGGGAGAAGCAAUAAAAAAGGAUCCUCAUUUAGCUGUGGCUUUUUAUCAUAGAGCAGUGCAGUACUUAAAAACAAAAAGAUACAAUGAGGCACUUGAUGAUUUAGACAAAGCAGAACAAAGUUUGCGUGGAUCUUCAUUUAUUAAGUAUAGUCAGCUUGGAUUGAAUUUCACUUUAUAUAAAUUUGAGAUACAGUUUAACAGAGCAGUAUGUUUUGCCAGGCAAGGAGAUAUAAGAACUGCCGUACAUAUGUUAAUAGAUGCUGGCAAGAUAGCUGAAGAAGAAAUCCACAGUAGAAUCAGUGUGAACACUAUACAGGACUUAACACUAGUUAAACUGGAAGGUUAUAAGGGAAAUCUUCCCAGUUCAUUUAAUGAAUUUGAAGUACCAGGUGAAUGUUUAUUUCAACCACCAAAAGAUAUGGUUGCAAAUUUAGGGAGGAAGGAAUAUGUAGCUAAAGCAAAGGUUAUUGCUAGGUAUGGUGAUGGUAAAAUUCCUGUGGAAACCAAUGAAAAGGUCAUUAAAGGAUCAGUAAGAGGACAUUCUAAUUCCACUUUGAAUACUGAGACUGGAGAAAAACCAAGUUAUCGUCCAUUAGCACCAAGAACACCACCUCUGCCACGAAGACCACUGCCACCACAACCUUCAGAAUUGCGGACAUCUAGGUCAAUGGGCAGCAUAGUUGAAGAAUUGAAGAAAGAGGAAGAAUCCAGUCAGAGCUGGCAAUUUUCAAAAAACAAUGAACUAGCAAACGCACUUAAUGCUCAGUUUAAAAACAAAAAUAUGCCAUCAAAACCUCCUCUGAAACCCCCUCAUAUGCCAACAAGACCACCAAGAAGACCUCCUCCUCCUGGUUCAACAUCAUGUCCACGUAAUAUGAGUCCAUCAACAAAUUCAAAUUUUGAUUCACCUCCAUUACCAGUGAAAGCAACAACCAAAACACUACCUUCACAAAGUCUGUCCUCGUCCACUACCAAAUCUGGUUCCAAUGGUUCAACUCGUAACAUUCCUCCUCCUCCUUCUUACAAACCUCCCCCUCCACCACCCUCCUUUAGAGCCCCACCCCCUCCAUUGAAACAAAAUAACAGUUUGCCUCCUUUACCCCCAAAAAAGAAAACUUAGGUAAUAGUUGAAAAACGUUGGUAAAUUGUGUUAUGCUCUGCCAUAUUUUGACUCCUACUAAAGAAAAAAGAGCAAGAAGAGCAGGCAGACAGAUAUUUAGUUGAUUUAUGUUGCUGAAGUAAGAAUAGCAUUUAACUACAUUUUAACUUGUUUUAUCCAUUGAAAGGUUAAGUAUGACAUCAUCUUAUGUGUUAUACUUGUCAUUUUUUUAUGUUAAUGAAUGUUUUUAAAAGUUGAUCUCAGUUUUGAUAUUUUGACUAACUUGAUGGGUGUCUCAAUGCCAAUAAUACAACAUCUCCAUUUUUAAGCUCACCUAAGUGAGUUUUUCUCAUUAUUCGUCUCUGUCGUCGGCCGUUGUCGUUAACUUUUAUAAAAAUCUUCUUCUCUGAAACUAUUUAUCCCAAAUUUAACCAAACUUGGCCACAAUCAUCAUUGGGGUAUAUAGUUUAAAAAUAUUUGUCCGAUGGCCCAGCCUGCCAACCAAGGUGGCUGACAUGGCUAAAAAUAAAACAUAGGGGUAAAAUGCAAGUUUUGUCUAUUAUCUUGUAAACCACUAUAAAUAGAGAAAAUCUGACACAUGCAAAAAUGUUUGGAAUGAUGAGAUCUACCUGUUGUCCAUUUAUUCCCAGACUGUCAGAAGACUUUUUAUAGGAGUUAUUGCUCUUAAGGUGGUAUGGGGGUAUGAACAAAAAAUGAUAGAAUUUGUUAAUGCUUCGCCAAAAUGUAGAAUAUAUUGUGAUAUGUUCAAAUAUAUAUUAAAAUUGAUAGGUCACCUAGCUUUUUUUCACGCUUUGAUUGUGAAAAUUUGAUGCAUUUUGCAUGGAUUAUACAGGGAAAAACAUCAUAAUGUGAAUAGAAGGUAAACUAAAUGAUAGAAUUGUGAAAUAAGAUACGAGAAGAUAGCUCUUAGAAAAUUCUUUCAGAAUAUCAAAAGUAAAAAUUAGGUCACCGUUUGUUUUUCCCUGCCAUAACAUAAAACUGAAAAAAAUCAUGUAGAUUCCUUUAGAAAUAAUGCUAUUCUGCUAUUUUAAAAUCCAAGAUGGCGAAAGACACCCAUAAGACCUUAAAUGAUGAAUUUUACCAACUUUUUAAACUUUUGCCCAUUAUCUUGAAAAUUAUAAUAGAUGGAGAGAAACUUUUUGUGAAUGGGAUUUGCAGGUAAUUUUAAAAGAUAAAAUUCCAUUUAAAAUGUUCAUUAAGUACAUUUAUAUGUUUCCAUAACUAGACCUGUAUAUAAACAGAAACUGUUAUCACACUCAUAACUGCCUCAGAUGGUUCCUUUGACAAUGCAGCUUUUUAUUACAUCAUAAUCUUCAUGAUUAUUAUAUGAAGUUUGUUUUGAUAUUUCAUUAUUAGUCCCCUACUGGCAAAGCCGAAGGGGACUUCAGGUUUGGACUCUGUCCAUCUCUGACUGUCUGUCUGGCAAAUUGGUUUUCCACACUUUUUUUCUUCGUGCUUGAAGAUAUUGAUUUAAUAUUUGAUAUAUAGUUUUAUCAUGACCAGUUACAAAUACAGUUUGGAAUUUGUUCCGGUCUGAUGAUUCUGUGAAAAGUUAUGGUCCUUGCACUUAUAAAAUUCACUCAAGUAAUAAGUUUUCCACAUUUUUUUUGUCAUGCUUGAAUAUAUUGAUUUGAUAUUUGGUAUAUAGUUUUACCAUGACAAGUUACAGAUCAGUUUUGAAUUUUGUUCCGUUCAAAUGAUUCCUUUGCAUAGUUAUGGUCCUCGAGUUCGAAUUUUGUUCUGUUCAGAUGAUUUUUCUGCUGACCUGACUAUUAAUCUUGUUGAUACCACUCCUUUUGUGAAACUUUAUUCACAAGAAAAACUUUUUAAAAUUUUUAUUAUAAACAGAUUUAGUGUUCAAUAUUUGCACCAGGAGAUAUUUGGACUUAGUUUUUUUAAUAUAGAAAAUAUUACAAAUUACCGAUUAAGUUAGCAUUUUGUUCCAGUACAAUGCCUUUUUAACUUGUAGGAGACUAUGUAUUGCCAUGCAAUACUCUCAGAAUGUUUGUUAAAAAAAGUUGUUAUAUUUUGUAUGCUGUGAUUCAAUAUUUAUGUAAUAAUACUUUGUUUAUUUUUGCCAGUAUAUUUAUAUCAGGCAGGGUCAUACUAAUGAAAUGUCACACAGGGUCAUACUAAUGAAAUGUUACACAGGGUCAUACUAAUGAAAUGUGAAAGAGAUGUGAUCUAUCUUAAAAUAUAGAACUGUAAAUUCAGAAAUUUUAGCAUGUAUAUACUAUUGCAAUUGUUAGAUAGAAAAAAAAUGUGAGAUUAAUUUUUACGAUUAUUAGAAAUGCUACACACAUAAUUCUUUCAAAAUUUUAGAUGCAAGUUUUAAUUUUUGCAUAUCAACCUAUCCCGUCACAAUUUUUGCAAUUACAAAAACACUGCAAAAAUUGCAUUUACAGUAGUUUUAUCAUUUAGUCCAAUAAACACAUUUUUGUUUAAAACAUAUAUCCUUUUCAGAGUUUGUUGAUAAUAGCUUGCCAUAUUGAAAAAAACAUAACACACAUGUAAUCUGACUAUUAAUUUUAUCCAGAAAAAAAAGUAAGCAAUGUAUUAGAAUGAUAAUAUCAAUAUUUAUAAUGAUAAACAAGUUCGUUGUAGAAUUCAUCUAGUCUUCAUCAUCAUCAUCAUAUAUUUUUAUUGUAUUUUUUUUAGGUUUAAUAGUAUAUUGAUGAAUACUGUUGCCUUUGUUUAUUACACUUUAUAGUUUUCAUUUAGUUUUUUCCAUUUUUAAAAUUAUUUUAGUAGGGCAUUAAAAAUAAAUAAUAUGAUAUAUUCUUAUAUGAAAACUCUAUACUGUGGAUUCAUUCUAAUAUGUUUUUGGUUUAUAGAAAUUAAAUAAAAAAUUUUGUGGAUUGAUAAAAAAUUGUAUUUUUUGUGGAUAAUUAAUUUUGUGGUUCUUACUGUAUAAAUAGCAUACAAGUCUAUAGACAAUUUGUAUUUUUUUUUUAACAAUUUGUUGUUCAUCUAUACCCAUGAAAAUUAGUAUCCUGCAAAUAGUAUUGCAUCCAUGGAUCUCUAAUAUGAUAAUUUCAAUCUUAUAUUCCUAUAGGAGUAAUACCACCAUUGAUUUUCCCCUAUUAGUCUUUAUUAAAUUGGCACUUUUCAAACUAUUGUGCAGAAUUUAUCUUUGUUUCAAAUAAAGACAUACUUGGCAUGAGUAAAGUUUUAUCCUGCCCAGUACUACAGACAAACAUUCACAUAACAUUUCAUUGCAUAAAAGAUAAUAAACAUCACUGGAAGUUAACCAAUCGAAUGUUCACACCUUUUUUUCCUGUUAAUGAGCUUUAGUAACCAUGUAACCUCAAGUUUCCAAAAAUAUUUUAUAGAAACACCAAAUAAAAAAAGAAUGGUGCUUUGAAACACCCAAGAUAUAUGUUAAUGACUCAGAUUUUUUUUUUCUACAAUGAAAUGCAGGGUUAACUUCCUACAACUGUCAAAUUCAAGGGAAUAUUUUUUUCCGACCCUUUUUCGUAUGAAACUGGAUGUGAUGUACUAUGAUUGGUGGUAUUACACCUAUAUGGUAUCUGUUAAACACAGAAUUUAAUUAUAAUAUGGUAUAUGUUAAACACAGGAGAAAUAUAAUUACACUAAUGAAUUGUGAAAAAUUUUAUAUAUUCUAUAUGGUACUUGAUAAACUACACUGACUUAAGUUCUUGUCUGUUUGGUUGUUGUAUUGGUCAACAACAUAAAAUAGCCCAAAACAGGAAAAAUCAACAUAAGGUCUUCAAACCAUGGACAAGUGUCUGUUCAAUAUAUCAAACGUAGAUUGCUCAAGGUUUAGAAAGUUUGUUAUUUUCAAAUAUUGUACAAAAUGAAGUAAGGUUUAAAUGUGAGUGUAUAAAGCUGAACUGUUCAUCAAUCAAAACAUAACAAAAUCAAAUGUAAAAUAUUUUAAUGAACUGCUCAAUGAUCGUAAAUAAUUAAUGGCAGCUCUUUAUGAUUCCUUUAAAUAAGUAUAUAUUUUGUGCUGGUAAGAAUUAUUUCUUAAUGCAUUUAUAUUUUAUUACUUUAUUUUCUGUAUUUUAAUGUAUUGUGUUAGACAGCAAUAUUUUCCCUAACCAAUAUAACUCUUCUUUAGCUGUUCUGACUGGAUUAAGUUUACUAAUUUUAAGUCUAAAUUAAGUUUAUGGAGCCCAGUUUUGAUAUACAAACUUCAGAAGAAAGAAAUGAUUGAAACUUGUUCAGGUUAAAGUUUUUAAAUAAUUGAUUUACUGCUAAACAUUUUUAGAAUGAAGCAUUGAGAGUUUAUUUGUAAAAUGACAAAAUAAAACUUUUUCACAAUCAAAGACAACAUAGAUUUGGUGAUGAAUAACCAUCUCACUCAAUGUUGUAUCUCCAACUAAUAUUAUUAGUCAAAAUGAUUUUUAUUCUUUAUUCAUGGUGUGCAUUAUUUUAUGGAGAAUGUAUAAUUGAUAGUUUGUAUUUGUUUUGUCUGAUUUGUUUGGUUAUAGUAGAUUUUUUGGAAGCAAAACUGGUCAUAAAAAAAUGCCUUUAAAAUAAGAUAAGAUUUUAAAAAGAAGCAUGCUGUUGAUGAUUGACAGUAUCAGUAAAUGGCCAAUUUAUCAAUUGAUAAUAUAGUUUUACGAUAUUACGCAUUAUUGUUAUAGUUAAAAUUGUUCAUGACAAAAUACGGAGUGCAAUAAAUGAUUCUUAUAAGUAUAUAA